AUGCUGAUAUUUCUGGUGAUGCUUCUUGUACUGCCACCUCACACAACAUGCAAGGCUCACAUUGUGAAAUGUCAUGUCCAUGAUCCACACCCUCCACUUCACAAGUAUCACAAGUCAGGAGACCUCAUCCUUGGUGGCAUAGCUUCUCACAGCUACAUCAUCUCUAAUGCCUUAGCCUUCGCUGAAGAUCCCCCACAGGUAUUGCCCGAAGAGCUGGUCGUGGUGACUAAGAAUUACCAGCAUGUCCUGGCCUUGGCAUUUGCAGUAAAGGAGAUCAAUGGCAACCCUCAGAUGUUACCUAAUACCACUUUGGGCUUCCACAUCUUUGACAGCUAUUUCAUUGCAAGGGGGACUUAUCAUGCCACACUGCUCCUUACGUCCAGCCCAGACAGAUUCGUCCCCAACUACAAAUGUGACACUCAGAAUGAUUUGAUAGGUGUCAUUGGGGGACUUGAUCCCCUAACCUCUCUUUAUGCAGCAACAGUCUUGGAUAUCUACAAAAUUCCACAGCUCACAUAUGGUCUUGCUCCCAUCAUGCAUGAUAAAACUCCAGGCCUCUCCUUCUACCAAAUGGUCCCCCAGGAAGCCCUUCAGUAUGAGGGGAUUCUCUCCUUACUUCUGCAUUUCAAGUGGAUAUGGAUUGGGCUCUUUACGAUGGAACUUGAGAAUGGAGAACAAUUUGUGCAAACAGUGGUUCCAAUGUUUUCCUCUAGUGGUAUCUGUUUUGCCUUCAUAGAAAGAAUCCCCAAAGUAUCUUUCAUCACUGAACUAAAAGACAUGAUACAGGAGUGUGUGAAAAUACGUGAUAAAAUAAUGGGUAGCAAAGCCAAUGUGAUGGUUCUCUAUGGAGAAUCUUACUCAAUGAUAUUUCUUAGAUGGUUUCCAUAUUUAUCAGAAGAAGAAGAGAUAGGAGAGGAUGCAAGAGGUAAAGUUUGGAUAAUGACAGCCCAGAUGGAGCUGACUUCUGCAGUUUUUCAAAAGACUUGGGAUACACAAAUAAUCCAUGGGGCUCUGCUUUUCACAAUUCAUUCUAAUGCUCUACCAGAAUUUCACAAAUUUCUUGAACACAUAAGUCCCUCCACCACAGAUGGUGAUUUUUUCAUCAAGGACUUCUGGCAACAAGCCUUUGCUUGUGUCUUCCCUAGUACAGUCACAGAUGUUAUGGAUCAGGAGAUUUGCACUGGAGAGGAGAACCUGGAAAUGCUUCCUACACCUUUUUUUGAAAUGAGCAUGACGGGCCAUAGCUACUGUAUAUACAAUGCUGUUUAUGCCAUGGCCCACGCUCUCCAUGUCAUGUUCUCAUCCAGAAUCAAUUCAAGAUUACUGGAAGACAAUAUGAAGCUGACAUCUCAGGUUUAUCAGCUUUGGCAGUUCCACCAUUUCCUCAGGGGUGUGUCAUUUAAUAAUAGUGUGGGAGACAAAGUUUCCUUCAACCAGAAGGGGGAGUUGGAAGCUGGGCUUGAUAUUAUUAAUUGGAUUGCUUUGCAAAACCAAUCCUUUCACAAAGUUAAAGUUGGGAGAAUGGAUCCCCAGACAUCUUCGGGGAAAAUGUUCACCAUCCAUGAGGAUGCUAUAACAUGGCACAAGUGGUUUAAUCAGGCAAGGCCUAUUUCUGUAUGCAGUAAGAAGUGCAUUCCUGGUUCAAGCAAGAAAAUGAAGGAAGGGAAGCCGUUUUGUUGCUACGACUGCAUCCCCUGUCCAGAAGGGAAAAUUUCAGACCAGAAGGAUAUGAUUGACUGUGCUACAUGUUCAGACCAAACUUACCCAAAUAAAAACCAUAAUUUCUGUAUUCCCAAGGAAAUAAGCUUUUUGUCUUUUGAAGAACCUGUGGGGCUCAGUUUAGCCUUUUCUGCUCUUUCCGGUUCUUUGGUCACCAUUCUAGUCCUCUUCACAUUUAUGAAGAACCACAACACUCCCAUUGUCAAAGCCAACAACCGGCAGCUCACCUACACACUCCUCCUCUCCCUCCUGCUCUGCUUCCUUUCUGCACUGCUAUUCAUUGGACAGCCUCAGAUGGUGACCUGUCUCCUCCGACAAACUGCUUUUGGCAUCGUCUUCUCAGUGGCUGUUUCUUGUGUGCUGGCAAAAACCCUCACUGUGGUUCUGGCUUUCAUGGCCACCAAGCCAGGAUCCAGAAUGAGGAAAUGGGUGGGAAAGAGGCUGGCCAAUUCCAUUGUACUUUCUUGCUCCCUUAUACAAGGAGGCAUUUGCAUUGUGUGGCUGGUAAUCUCUCCCCCGUUGCCAGAGGCUGAUGUACACUCAAUGGCUGAAGAAAUAAUACUUGGAUGUAACGAGGGGACUGUGAUUAUGUUUUAUUGUGUCCUUGGCUAUAUUGGCUUCCUGGCCAUUGCCAGCUUCACUUUGGCCUUCCUUGCCAGGAAGUUACCCGACACAUUCAAUGAAGCCAAGUUUAUCACUUUUAGCAUGUUAGUGUUUUGCAGUGUGUGGUUAUCCUUUGUUCCAACCUACUUGAGCACUAAGGGGAAAUACAUGGUAGCUGUGGAGAUCUUUUCUAUCUUAGCCUCCAGUGCUGGAUUGUUGGUCUGCAUCUUUUCACCCAAAUGCUACAUUAUUUUGUUGAAGCCUGAAUUGAACAAAAGGGAACAGCUAAUACGAAGAACUAACUGA